AUGGAGGAAGAAUUUGAAACUCCCAAAGUAAAUUUUGUUCCUUGUCUUAAAAUCGUUAAGCAAGGCGUAUCGAAAUCAAAUCCUAUACAGAUUCAAUUGAGUAGAGCUGAAUUAGGAGAAUUUAUUAAAAAAGAACAAGAUAAUAAUUCCGAUGAUGAUGAUGAUGAUGAUGAAGAGAAUCAGAAUAGUAAUCCAGUUAACAAAGAUGAUGAAUUUGAUAUGGAACAUUAUAACGAUGAAGAUGAAGUUUCAAUGAAAAUUAAUGAUAUAGCUGUUAUUGAUGAAGAUGAUCCAUACAAAUCGGCAGCCAUUGAUUUACCAGACUCGGAGGAAGAGGAUGAUAUCAUUCAGCCGACUGAUAAUUUAAUAUUAGUGGGCCAUGUAGAAGGAAAUUCUCCCAUACUUGAAGUUUAUGUUUAUAACGAUAAGGAAGAUUCAUUUUACGUUCAUCAUGAUUAUUUGCUUCCUAGAGUUCCUUUGGCACUUGAAUGGUUAAAUCAUGAUCCACUCAACACAAAUGAACCAGGAAAUUUGUGUGCAGUCGGUUAUGUAACUCCCAUAAUUGAAGUUUGGGAUUUAGAUAUUGUUAACUGUGUUAAACCUGCUAUCAGGUUAGGAAAAAAGGGUAACAUAAGAACAGGAGCUCCAAGAAUCGGUCACAAAAAAGCAGUUUUAGAUUUAUCGUGGAAUGUUAAUUUUAGUCACAUAUUAGCAAGUGGAAGCAUAGACAAAUCUGUUAUUUUAUGGGAUUUGGACAAAUCUGAACCGAAUACAACUUUCACAGAUUUUGAAGGUUCAGUUCAGAGUUUACAAUGGCAUCCGAAAGAAGGUCACACUCUUCUGGCUGGUUCUGGAGACAAAACGUGCAAAAUAUUUGACUGCAGAACUUCUGAACUUGGUCAAACAUGGAACGUUCAGGGGGAAGUAGAAAAAGUUUUAUGGAACACGUAUAACGACUCGCAAUUUUUCGCAUCCGACGACAAGGGAUACGUUUACGCAUUCGAUUUUAGAAAAAAUAAAAAAUUAUGGGAAAUUCAAGCUCAUACACAGGAAGUGACAAGUUUGGCUUUGAGUUCGAGUUGCCCUGGAUUUUUUUGUACCGUUUCCGGUGAUGAAUCUCUUAAAAUAUGGGACGUUAUCGGUAAAAAUCCCAAAUUGAUAGAGGAAAAAAAAUUAAAAAUUGGUAAAAUCCACUGUUUGGAUUCCGCACCGGAUUUACCCUUCAUAAUGGCUUCCGGUGGCGAUAACAGGAGUAAUAAUUUAAUCGUUUUUAAUGCUUUGAAAAAAACCGAAGGUAAAUAA